UGAGCCUAUUCAAUCAUAUUUAUUUCGCGCUGUCUUAAGCAUGUCAAUUUGCACUUUCACACGCAGCACAUGCAGUCAUCACAUGACGGACGGUCUCCUCCGCUUGGCAGCCCCUGUCAUCGCCAGCAGCACAAAGCGGCGGAGAACAACGCACGCAUCACCAAGACUCGAUCCUUCUGAUUAAAAAGGUGUGCAAGCGUGUUGAGCUCUUAUUUAUAAUUUGCACGAAAGAGACGCUUUGUUACUGUAGAUCUUUGUCAACCAUGCAAUGGAUAUUUUGUGGCAGUACCAGUUCCGGAUAAUCUUGUUAGGGGACUCGACGGUGGGCAAAUCUUCCCUGCUGAAGCGCUUUACAGACGGGGUGUACAGUGAUGUUGCUGAUCCUACGGUCGGAGUGGAUUUUUACGCCCGGUCAUUGGAGAUCGAGCCGGGGGUGAAAAUUAAAUUGCAGCUUUGGGAUACGGCUGGGCAAGAACGAUUCAGGUCCAUUACCACCUCUUAUUACCGCAACUCUGUGGGCGGGCUCUUGGUGUUCGACCUGACCAAUCGGAAGGCGUUCGAACACGUGCGGGAGUGGCACAGGGAGGUGGCAGAGCACGUGAAGCCGCACCACAUGGUCUUCAUCCUGAUCGGGCACAAGAGCGACCUGGCUAGGGAGCGACAGGUCCCGCGGGAGGAGGCGGAGAAGCUGGCGGCCGCGCUGGGGGUGCGCUACCUGGAGACGUCUGCCAAGAACAACAGCAAUGUAGACCGAGCCUUCGAGACACUCACCCGAGACAUCUACCAGCUCAUGAAGACCGGAGACAUCAUUACCCGCGACGGCUGGGACGGUGUCAAGAGCGGCCUCAACGAGAAAAUCCUCUACCCACCCGAGCCGGAGGCAAGGGAGAGCAAGUGUCAAUGCUAACAAGCCUGGAUUUCCCUCUCCAUCGGACCUGGGUCUCUGGGGAACUACCCUGCAUCAUCUUCACUGCUGAAGGCACAGGCAAGCAGGUGCCAUUGUUAACAUUGUUCCCUUCUGCCUGCUUCCCAUCCUGCACUCUGCAGCUCAUACACCAAGCAUUCAUUCAUCUGCUCAACACCUGGGCCGAUGCCAGUUCUGAAGCACAGUGACUGGAAGCGAGGAGCUGUGUUUGGGACAGCUGUGUUUGCUCAUGCCUGCUUUGCUGGAAGUUUUGAAGAGCUGUUGUUGGACAGAAACUGUGUCAGCAAUGGCUGGAGGUGGAGCCUUGGCUGAACCUCAGUAUCAACAACUACUGGGCCAUUUCUACAGCGCGAAAGAGCAAAGGGUAUGUGUGUGCCCACAAGACCUUUGCUUGACCAUCUUGAAAGGGCAACCAAUGUUAACAGGCAUAGGAGUAAUAGCAUGCUCUAUACAGUAAUUUCUUAUUUAUUCACACAGACUGUACUGUCUUGUAGAGAUACCAGCUUAACGCUCCUAUCACGCAAUGAAGUAUCACCUCUCGAGAAAUCAUUUCACCUUCUGGUACUGGGUGUCAAGCUCAUUUGAACCCCGUGAGCAAGUUCACCGUCUGUCACAGCAGUAUCACGACUUUUAUCAUUUUUAUCUAAUUCGUUACUCAAAUACUAUAUUACCUAUAGUGUGACAGUGUGGGAAGCUGUUUAUUGUAGCAGCCCACAAUGAAUUAGAACAGUAAAACUCACCGUAUAGAAGUUAUUUACAACUGUAUGGAAAAGGGAAAGCUUUAAAAAUGACGCACAUGUUUUUAUUUUUGUAAUGUAUUUUUAAUAUUUGUUUUUUAUCGCAGGACAAAAUUGUAACGAAUUUCCCGCUGGAGAAAGCUAGUUCUCAAAUAAGUCUAGGUGCUUAUGCAUACUUGAACCAGUCUCUCUUUUUAAUGUGUACUUUAUUAACUCUUUGCACAUGGCUAAUUUUCAUUGAAGUUUACAAAUUCAUUUUUAAACCCGUGAAGUUUGCAGUACUGCACUACAAGAAAUCGUGGUUGUUACAUUCUUCAAUUUAAAAAAUCUAUAGCUUCCUAUACAUGUUUAUGCUAAAACAUUUUACAUAGUCUUCAUUUCUUAAAAUCCAAGAUUUAAGUUUAGUGAUAUAAAUGACAAAUAUUACAAUGCAGACUAAAGAAUAGAAAAACUUUAAAAAAAUACGCACACACCCAAAUCUUUUUUUCUCCCACACCUCUGUAGAUAAACCACUACAUUCUUCUUCAGUUUGGAAAGCACCUUCAAUACAGAGUAGUGUCUCAUAGCCCCUUCACAAUCACUAAGUAACCUCUGACAGAGACAGCCCCCCCUGGAGGAGGGAAGACAGCAUAACAUAUUGCACCAGCAUCUCCAAGAUAUCAGUGGUGAUUUUUUGGUAUGUGGAUAAGAUGCAUUUCUGAAAGGAAGCUUCUGGGAUCCUUUAAGUUCUCUCUGGGAACAGGGAGCAGGCAGGACUUUGCAAAGCCUAGAGUUCAUUGGAAGUCUCCGAUUCAACUACUGACCGACUUCUGAUAUCCCUUGUUUCCCGUUUUUGCAGUGAUCAAUCUGAAUUAGUCAGUCCCAGCAGAGUCUGUGGCCGUAUUCAGUCUGUCACAGUUAUACACAAACAUCAUGUAUUGAAAAGAAUGUUUAAACUUGUAUUUAACAGAUCGGAUUCCUUUGAUCAAGCAUCUGCUUUACAACAUGGUGUAAUUUGGAGCAGUGUGAUUUGGCUGGUAAUUUGUCAUUAGAUUUGAAUGAAUGCAAGAAAGGUUACAAAAUGAGAUCUGGUAAAAAAACAAACAAACAAACAAACAAAAAAAACCACAAUGUUCAUGCAGAAGCAUCGAAUAUGAAAAAGUUGUUCAAGGCUAGCUCUCUCAACACUUGAAUAAAUCAUAAGCACUCAUUCAGCAUAGCAUGCAUAUUCUCUUCACCCCAGACGAUGGGCUGGCGUCUCUUCUCUGAGACUUUAUUGUAAUUGUGAAUCUGGACUCUUCUGGUUGAUAUCUUAAUAUCUGUAACUGUAUUGUCAUGGAUGUUCAGAGCAGUUCUUCCUCAGUGAAUAUAACUGGCACACAGCACGCACUCAUUUUGAAUAUUGUUAACUUUGAAGUGUACCGUACAGCACUGUCCCAGUGGCCUGAACCAUUGAGUUCUGCCACAGCGCACGUGUGGCACAGGUGAAUCAUGUUUGAGUCGUGUUUUGUCGCAGUAUUCAGUGAUUGAGCAAUGUAUGUCAUCUUAGCUUUCUGGGGAAUAAAAUAUGUUUAUUCGUGUUCGCACGUAUAGAGAAAAUACAGAGACUAGCAGUCAGACAUCCUUUGCUACACUUUGCUAUGCUAUUACCAUGAGACACAAGUAGUUUUACAGUAGAAUUGAUCAGAUUUUUAUCAGUGCUAGGCUAGAGACAUACUGACCAUGUGACAAAUCAAUAGUUGUGUCAGAAGCUAAAGUUCAAGUAUAUGCAUUUAAUGAUAAAAACUAUUUUAUGGAAGGAAAUUAAGGGAUUUUGCAAAUGUAGUAAAAAGGCCACGUUCUAUAUGAGAUGACCUUUUUCUAUUCUAUUUGAAUGAAUUAUGUCAACAGUGUCAGAUUUCGGUACCAUUGCCAUUUAACUACUGUAACCCUGCUGGUGUUUUCCCCCAGGCUUGAUCCUCCCUUAUUAACUUCACUGAACACAAUAGAGGAUAUCAGGAAGAGACUGGAGACAGAGCAGGGAGUGAAAAGGCUGCAGAACUUAAAUCAUUAAGCUUAAGAUUGGUUUUGUGUGGGUGAUGGAGAGCAGUCAUUUAAAUGUUGCAUGACAAUCAGAGUUACUCAAAGAGAACCCCCCGAAGUGUUGUCUCGGUGCAGACGAGAAUGAAAAACACUUUUAUAAUGUCACAGUGAGGCUUUUCGAUUAUAAACAUAUGGUACAUUUGCAUGGUUAUUUUGCAGGUUUCCCAUGCAUUUUCCAUAGCUUAUCAUGGUUUUCUAUUUACAUAUUCUUUACCAUACCUGUCUGGGCUUUGCAGUGUUACACUGUGCUUUAUUGCACUUUGCUGUGUAAAUGUUUAGAAGGGAUGUGCUCAUGAGACACUGAGAAAGACUAGGAAGAAAACACUACUCAAAAAACACAAACAAAUAAAUGCAUGUCAGUUCUGUUCACAUUGGUUUUAAUAUCUGGCUUUCAUAAUAAAAAGGAAAUAUAUUAUCUUAAAGUAUGGGUUUGUAGACAUGGGUGGCUAUCAAGUGUUUAAUACACCAAUAAAGGCACUGUUAACUUGUUUAUAAUGGCAAUAAACCCCAAAUUCUCGGGCAUGACUUUGGUAGUUGACCUUGUCCAUACAGAAAGGUCAGCUAUACAACGCUGGUUCCCUCUUAAUAAGGUCCUGUUGCUUAAGUAAUACAAUAAUACAUAGAAAAUGGACCCUGGAGCCAUGUAGUGGAAAUAGGUUACAGCCUUGUGUUCAGUUUUAGGUCACAGGAUGAAUGAUCUUUCUAUCCUAGCCUCAUCACCAUGCAUUUCAUGGCUUAUUGAAUCCCAAUAUUGCAGAGGGCCUGCUUGUGUUUACAGCACAAGAGCUUCAAAAUACACCUGACAGGUAUGGGUUUGCUAGUAGGAUAAACACAGUGGUUCUGCGUGAGUUAUGCACAGAUAAACAGCUCUGCAUGAUAAUACGAGUCCCCUCCUGUUGUGGUUCUCAUACCAGCAGAUGAACCAUCCAAAUGUGGGUUUUACAAGGGACACAAAAUUCCACACCCUCGCCAGGGGCUUACUGCACAUCGAUUGAUGACGGUUGAGAGACAGAAGUGCACUUUUCAGACAGUGCUUUAAGAAGGGAGGGGGAUACACAUAUUAAUAAAAAGGUGGAUUGGUUUUUACUUGUUUUUUUAAGCAGGUGUUUUUUUGUACGAUGUGAUCCUGUGUUGUCUUUGUAACCAUUGAGGCGGUUGUGAAUUGAUAUGUGGUGUGAGAAAAUAAAUAUUAUUUCAUGAAA